AUGGCAAUUCUCUCAAAACUUUCGGUAAUUCCUCUUCGCACAGCAGUCCGCAGUAGCAAACAAACAUAUUGCACUCUCAUAAACAACUCAUGGAUUCGUCAGCCAUUGCGCAAAGCAAACUUAUUUAAGGCUUUACGUCUUUCCGGAUUUAGUGUUGGAUUAACAGCUGUAACAAUUCGGCGAUUACAUUGUGCUGGACCAAAACUAAGCAAAAGAGUAGAUCAUAUAAGGAACGAAGACCAGAAUGCUACUUUCACUUUCGCAGAGCUUUGGCGUCUUAUUAAACCAUUUUUUGGAUGGUUUUUGGCAGCUGUUGUAUGCGCCGUACUUUCUGCAUUUGUUAAUAUUCGCAUUCCUUUGUGUCUUGGAGAUCUUGUAAAUAUCAUUGUGGAAAUCAUCAAAGACGAGUCGAAACAGCUCUCAACUCAUUUCGGAGAACUCAAACCCCAUGCGUUUCAGCUGGUCACGCUUUACUCAAUUCAAGCUGUUCUAACAUUUGCUUAUAUCUCAUUUCUUACAAUCCUAGGAGAACGAAUGGCAACAAAAAUGCGAUCGGAAUUAUUUCAAAAACUUCUUCAUAUGGAUAUGGCUUUCUUUGACAAGCAGAAAAGCGGCGAACUCUCAGCUCGCUUAAACACGGACGUUCAAGAAUUCAAAAGCAGUUUCAAACUUUGUGUAUCACAAGGAUUGAGAACUUUUGCACAAACCAUUGGAUGUAUCAUCUCCCUUGUGUACCUUUCACCAACGAUGACCCUUUAUACGGUGGCCGUGGUUCCAGGAAUCAUCCUAGCCGGUUCCAUUAUUGGUGCAGCUUUAAGGAAACUCAGUAGAAGUGCUCAAGCUCAAUCUGCUCGUGCUGCUGCAGUUUCUGAUGAAGCUUUGUCAAAUAUGCGAACAAUCCGCGCUUUCGCAAUGGAGAAACUUGAAUCGAGGCUGUUUGAUCGCGAGCUCGACAAGGCUCGCCUGCUCAAUGAACAACUCGGAAUAGGGGUCGGAAUGUUCCAGGGCGGAACCAAUUUGUUUUUGAAUGGAAUAGUUCUGUCAGUUCUCUACGGAGGAUCAACGUUAAUCGCCCAAGGAGAAAUGAGCCCUGGUGCAUUAAUGUCGUUCUUGGUUUCUGCCCAAACUAUCCAAAGAUCACUCAGUCAGUUAUCAGUUAUUUUCGGUACUGCUAUUAAAGGAUGGACAGCUGGAGGACGAGUUCUUGAGUUCUCCCGACUGCAACCAUCUAUUCCAAUCGACACAGGAGUUUGUAUUCCAUAUCACACACUUUGGGGCGAUAUCAAAUUCGAAGAUGUUACUUUCUCGUACCCAUCUCGACCUGGACAACCGGUGUUUGAGAACUUGAAUCUGGAAAUUCCUGCGGGACAAGUGGUGGCACUUUGCGGGCCCAGUGGCGAAGGAAAAAGCACGAUAACAAUGGCUUCGGGGGCAGGUUAUUGGGCUUAUUUCCCAAGAGCCGGUGCUUUUUGCGACGUCGAUUGA